AUGGUGCAAGCUGGAGCCGGCGGAGGAAAGUCAGGCGUGAAAGCAAUGGUGCAAGCAGCAGCAAGUGAAGCUGGCAAGAAAGAGACAGCAGCAGCAGCAGCAGGAGGAGGAGGAGGAGGAGGAGGAGGAGGAGGAGGAGGAGGAGGAGGAGGAGGAGGAGGAGGAGGAGGAGGAGGAGGAGGAGGAGGAGGAGGAGGAGGAGGAGGAGGAGGAGGAGGAGGAGGAGGAGGAGGAGGAGGAGGAGGAGGAGGAGGAGGAGGAGGAGGAGGAGGAGGAGGAGGAGGAGGAGGAGGAGGAGGAGGAGGAGGAGGAGGAGGAGGAGGAGGAGGAACAUCGGACGUGAAAGCGCUGGUGCAGGCAGCACUAACAGAGUGGCGGAGGAAGGAGGAGGCGGCAAUGCAGCAGCAGGCCGCGUCGGUGCUGGGCAGGGGAUUGUCGGACGUGCGCAAGGUGUACCAGCUGGGCAAGGAGCUGGGGAGAGGGAACUUCGGGGUGAUCAGGGAGGCCGUGGAUUGGGUGUCUGGCGAACGAUUCGCGUGCAAGAGCGUCAACAAGAAACGACUGGAGUGCCUGGAUGACUUGGAGGAUCUGAGGAGGGAGGUGGAGUGCCUGGAUGACUUGGAGGAUCUAAGGAGGGAGGUGGAGGUGAUGCGAGUGCUGAAAGGCCAUCCCAACAUUGUGUCGCUGAUGGAUACCUAUGAAGAUGACACGGACGUGCACAUAGUGAUGGAGCUGUGCGAGGGUGGAGAGCUCUUUGAUCGCAUCGUCGCGCGCAACCACUUCACCGAGAGACAAGCAGCACAGGUGUGCCGUACUCUCGCCGACGUGCUGCGCUACUGCCACUCCCACCACAUCCUGCACCGCGACUUAAAGCCCGAGAACGUGCUGCUUGUGUCGACACGCAGUGACACGCGUGUGAAGGUCAUAGACUUCGGUAUGGCCUACCGCUUUCAGGACGGCGAGCGCUGCACCCAACGCGCUGGCACUCCGAAUUACAUCUCCCCAGAAGUCAUCGCGAAAAACUACGGCACCGAGGCGGAUGUGUGGAGCUUAGGUGUCAUACUCUAUGUGAUGCUGUGCGGGCUGCCGCCAUUCUGGGGGGACACAACGGAGGAGAUCUUCUCGAGUAUUCUGUACGAGCCGUUGGAUCUCGAGACCGAGCCUUGGCCGGACGUGUCUGCCGCGGCAAAGGACUUGGUUCGGCGGAUGCUGUGCCGGAGGUUCGACGAGCGGAUCACCGUCCCGGAGAUACUGAGUGAGUUGGCAUCUGUGGGGCUGUUAGCGUUGCUGCUCACUCCGCUUUGUGCUGUGCUGUGA